CUUCUUCUGACUAUGUCCCACAUCAUUGAGACAUAACAGAAGCAAGGUCAAGGUCCUUCCUGGGCCGACGUUCUAGACGGCCUGCGAAUAAGCUACUCUUGGCAACGACUGGCGGAGCCAGCCGUCCUUGUUGGAAAUCGCCUAAGAGAAAGAAAAGAGCAGCAAAACGAGCUCCACACCACUUUGCAUUCGCCCCAUUUCUCCCCGUCAUCUUGGCACAUAAUCACUUUGCUGUACGGUCGGUCCAUGGCCGAAGCGGUCCCGACAGUGCAAAGAUAAAGACGGAUUUAGUCGGCAAGGACUUAAGCUCCCAGGACGAACCAUGCCAUCUUUGUCCGACCUCUCCCAACGCCUAGCAUUUACCAAGCCCCAGGGCGGCAAGCCCAGAGAUAAACCACUACAAACGAGGAUACGCGCAAUCGGCCAAUUCCUGGCUGCUGGAUUGCUCGUUGAUCGUAGACUUGGGUAAAUCAUAUGUGACUGAAGUCGACCCGGAAGUCUCUUCACCAAACCUGGGUGGAACUUUCGGUUCCUGAUCGUUAAAGCCCCUCUGCUCUGAGAAGGUUCAAACGCAAGAGGGUCGACACAUUGUCAAAAGAACAUCGGACGGGGAAGUAAGCACCCUCCGGUUGCCCCUUCUGGCCAACAACAUACCUACCUCCACCCCCUCGGAGCCGGCCCCGACAUGCCACCCGAACCGAAGUCCCAGCCCGACAAAGCAAUACCAGGGGAGGGAUAGACGGUUGUAUGCAGAUCGUUUGCAGUGUGGCUGUGUCACACAACCGCAGGAUGGCACGAGAACACCGGCUGGUUGACUUGGACGCAACCUCGAGAGUGUCGAGCUUCCAGUCGAGUGUUGUCAUUGACUCGUCCCAAUCCGAUCAUCUUAAUCCUGCUGUUGUCGGCCUCGGCCGAGGUGCUUACCAACAUCCUGUAUUGGACCAUGCGCGCUGGCAGUUGCCCGCGCAUCAUCAGGCACGCGAGAGCCACGUAGAAAAGACAUCAGGUAUAGCAAGUCCACUCUUCAGAUAUCAAUAUACCCUAAGGUACCUAUCAGGGUCGUGAUGCUACCU